GGGCACCGACCGGUCUACAGCCUGGACUACCUGCAGCCCCCGGCCUUGCUCCUGGGCAUGUUCCUCCUCACCUUCCUCUACCACCUCAGGGAUUACCUGUUUCGUGGUGGCCGGGAGCUUCGAAUGGAUGGGGAUGGAAUGGCCCCCCGGCUCAUGCUCUGCCGGUGCCAGCUCCUUUUGGGCAGCAAGGAGCAGCAGCAAAUGUCGCCUCAACGAGCUCAGGCCCAAGAUGGUGCAGGACAGCAGGGCCAGACACCUGAUGGAGCGAAGGGGGGGACCGACCGGGAGGAUGGAAGCGACAAUGGCUCCUCUUCGGCGGCUACCUCUGAUCUUCGUUCCCUUCUUCGCCGCCGAGCACGUGAGCAAGAACGACCGAAGAGCAGUAUAGGCUCAGUGCGGAUAGAGGAAUUCAGCGGGGACAGGCGCCGAUACUUGAAGUGGAAAAGGGCUAUCGAAGCGCAAGAGAAGCUCUACCGCCUGGACCCGGGAGAGCUGAGCAUGCUCGUGUACUUGUCGGCAAAAGGGGAAGCGCGAGAUGUUCUAGACCAGGUGCCGCUGUCGGAGCUUAUGGGCCCCGAGGGUGGCAUCAUGUUGUGGCGGCUCCUCGACGAGUCCUUCGGCGAGAGUGGGGCAGAGCUCUUUGAGAGGGCAGAAAGGGAGCUGAACACGUACAGGCGGCUCCCGGGGCAGCCGAUCACAACGUACCUGGCGGCGAUGCGGCGGCUCAGGGCGCAGUACACCCGGAUCGACCCGGAGAUCGUGAUAUCGGAUAGAGCCUGGGCGCAGAGGUUGUUGAGCCGGGCGUCGCUGAGCAAGAGGGAGAGACUGGACGUGUACUACUCGGCGGGUGGCAGCUACACGGCGGCUGGGAUCGAGGCAGCACUUCGGCACCGAUGUGCCCAGGUGCAUGAAGAUGAACGUCGUGUGCCGUCGACGCCGAGCUCCUCGCGAAGUCCGUGGUCUUCUUCGGCACCCUCGUCUCGUACCUCAGCCAGCUCCGGGGCUUCUACGGCGUCUCCCCGGAAAAGCUUCUUCGGCAAGGGCAGUGGAAGGAAGCGACAGGGGGCCUAUGUGACCGACGGUGCAGACGGGGCCCCCGACGACGAGGACUUUGACCUGGAAGUUCCCGAGGGCGACAAUGACGAGCCGGAGGACGAGGACCAGCCGGGCGAGGACAGCCAGGAGGGCGAUGAGAUUCCCGAGGAGGAGGCGAGCGAUGAGGAAGCAACUCCGGAUGAAGUUCGGGAAGCCUUUGCGGCAGGAUGGAAGGCGAAGGCCAAGACGGCUGGGACGAGGAAGGCAAGAGGAUGGUCGCAGCCAAGUGGUGGCCGUGGUCCUGGCAAUGGCUCUUCGAGGGCAUCCUCUUCUGGAGCGGCCAAGUCCUUAGCCGAAAAGAAGCGGAACACUACGUGCUCAAGUUGCGGCCAAAAGGGGCACUGGCGCGGUGACAGGCAGUGCCCGAAUGUGAUGGCGGGCCGGGAUCCUUUGCACCGCAAGCCCGAGGGUCAGAUGCCGAAGGAGGUGAACUUCACGAACUUCACCUUCAUGGUUGGUGGCCCCUCUGGCUCAGACGGCCCCCCUGCUCCUGAGGCGCCGGCGGCAUUCGUCUCCACUCCGGUGUGCCCAAGCUGCUUUGUGCCUGUGACCUUGGACCAGAAGUUUUGCCGUGAGUGUGGGACCAAGCUGCUUGCCAAGAGGGACUGGGAGUUUGUUGCCCCCAGCCAGGAGGAGCCCCAACAACAGACGAGGCCCAUGCGAGACGUUCGGCUUCCCAAGUCUGCCCUGACGAGGACGAGCAAGCCAAACACGCAUACUGUGAAGAUGCGCCCCCUGGAAGCAUUGGCCGCCCUAGACAGCUUGAACAAAGAGGACAAGAAGCACUUGAAGUACCUCCUUGAGCGCGAGGAGGCUGAGGAUGACGAGGCCCCCCCGAAUGUGCAGGAACAGCGGCCUAUUCCUCGGAGUGGCGGUUAUGCUCCUGCGGCACCCCCGUCGACUACCCGUACGCCCUGGCCUUCGACGACGGCAGCUUCGUGGGAACCUUUAGUGCCCGAUCCUCUGAGGGCCCCAGCCAAGAAAGACGAACGUGGCCGAGACAAAGCCGAAGGCGUGCGAAAACGGGAGCUUGAGGAGUUUCGUGUGGCGCUUUGGCGCCGUUCCUGGACGGGAGCCCGCACUUCCCCUUCCACGGCCUCUCCUAUGCCGAACGAGAAGCAGGCCCGCUGCGCGCAUCCUUUCGAGCAGCUGGUCUGGGUCUCAAAUCAGCACGGGCAUUUUGCUCGGUGCAAAAGGUGCGACCUGAAGAAUGUGCUGUAUUUCUCGGAGAGGCAUGGCGCUCUCGUGGCCGAGCCCGCUGCUCAUGAGGCCCUGGCCGCAGCACUGCCGGACCGGCCAGUUGGGCAAGUGAUCUUGGACAGUGGUUGCAGGACGGCCGUGGCCGGAUGGAGGUGGCACCGUGCUUUGCAGGAGGCCUUGACCGAGAAGGGGGUGAAAUGGAUUGAGGUUCCAGAGCAUGAGGUUUUUCAGUUCGGUGCAGGCGGCCCGGAGGUCUCCGAGAAGGCCUUCCUGUACCCCGUGGGCAUCUAUGGCAACGCCGACGUGAUCAGGAUGUCUGCGGUGGGCGGACCUGCAGAUAAUUGCCCGGGCCUGGUGGGCCCUUCUGAGCUCUCGCGCUGGGGCGUUUGUUUCGACUUUGCGGCCAAGUCCCUGGAGGUUUUCGGCGUGAAGCAUGCAAUGGUGCUUUCCCACACGCGCCACCCGGCAUUGAGCAUCCUGGACUUCCCGGCCGGCGACCCUUGGACCCAGCCAGGCGUGGAGGAGAAAAGGAAGCUACUUGUGGAAAGCCCCCAGAGCCUGGCUUUUGUUGCGCGUGGUGCCGACCAGGAAGCUAGCUCAGGUGAUGAAGGCCAAUCCCAGGCAAGCGCUGAGCCGGCGGAGGAUCCUCACUAUGGGGCGGAGGCUGCUGAGAACGAGAGGAAGCGCAAGGUGGAAAAGUGGCUUCAGCUGUUGGAGAGCGACUUGGGCAUCAAGGUCAUCGAGGAGCUUCCCCACGACCAGGAGACCGCGUCCGAGGGCACCGCCGGAAGUUCCGACACGGAGCUGCAAUGGGCAGAGGGGUCGGAGCCAGAGACAAUUUCAAGUCACGAGUUUGGUGUGGAUGUGGCCUCCGACAGCGAGGGCGGAAGCACAGGUGCCAGCGAGAAGGAAGAUGAGGAGCUGGUCCCCGACCGAAUGGGCAAGCCGUGCUUCUUCCACAAGGCUAUGAGACAGAAGGUGAAGAGAGCGGCCCAGGAUAUCAACCAUCUGGGGUGCUCUCACAACACGUGCUCUACCACAACCUGCCCUACAGAGUGCUUGCCGGCCCCUGACAUGUCACCUUUGAGACGCUCACGAAGGCCCGGUCCCUGGCGGAUGUUGGAGAUUUACACAUGUACCAUGUUGGUUGGUCUGGCUGCCUGUGGUCGUGGCUGGGAGGUGGGGGAGCCUAUCUCAGCUCCUGGCUAUGACCUUUACAAUUCCUGUGACCGGUCCUUUGCCAAAUCGUACGUCGACUCCUUCGACCCGGACUUUGUGAUGGUUUCGUGGCCGAGCACCUUGUGGAUGCCAGUGGCCAAGAAGGGCUACGAAGUGGAGGCGAUCGAAAAUUUGGGACGAAAGCGCUCGAGGAUGAGGGCGGUGCUGGCAUGGAUUCAAGAGGUGGUGCUUCGUCUACGUGGCCGUGGCACCGUGGUUGUUGCCGAGCACCCCGCUCGAAGCAGGGCAUGGAGCGAGCCAUUGUUGGUGGAUGCUUUUGAGGGGGUGCCUACCGGGAUUGCCGAGAUGUGCGCUCAUGGUCUUCGCCGUCCUGAUGGUGAGUGGGGAGGAGGCCCUGGGCGCUACUUACGUCGUCCGACCAGAGUGGUGGGGCCUAGGGCUGUUAUUGAGGCCGUCUGCAAAUGUUGCCCAGGUGACCACCGACAUGCUCCUGAACUUGGCGGUGUUAUGGUUGAUGGUCUUUGGUGCCCCCUAGGUGAGUUCGUGGGUGGUUACACCAAGGAGUUUGCCAGCAAGGUGAUGGAUGGUGUGGAGAGAAGCCUGCUUCGAACCAGCCGUGCCAAGACUGGAGAAGGCUUCUACGUGACUCCCCGUGUGCCGGAGGAAAGCUUCAUGGAGGAGGACGCAGACGUGAUCCACAGCAUCUAUUUCGAUGAGAAUGACAACGGCAGCCCCAUGGAGCUCGAGGCGGCCCCAAGAGGUGCCGGCGAAGGAGAGGAGAACCAGAAUCACAACAACCAUGACACCGAUAACCACGACGAGGAGGACCCCAGCCCGUGGCCAGAAGAGAUUGGGCCACCUGACGAGUUUGAUGACCAAGCCGAGCAAGAGGAGCUGCUUCGGGAUUUAGACCGUAUCCCUUUGGAGGACCAGAAUCACAACAACCAUGGCACCGAUAACCACGACGAGGAGGGGGUCCCUAAAACACCUAUGUCGGUGAAGGACAAGGAUCUCCUAGAGCGAGUCCACAUGCUACAUCGUCGUCUGGGGCAUCCUUCGAACGAGGCUUUGGUGCGCUUGUUGCAGCAUGGUGGGGCCAAGGAUGAUGUGCUUCGUUUGGCAGAAGGUCUGGUGUGUCCCUCUUGCCAGUUGUCCAGGGCUCCAAGACGACCUUUUCCCGCGCGACCGGAGGUGCGAGCCGUUGUUUUCAACACCGCCGUGCAUGCUGACCUCAAGUACCUGCGUGACUUUCGUGGCGUUGUGUAUGUGGCUCUCUCGGUGAUUGAUGAGGCGACAAACUAUCACCUAGCGAAGUUGCUCAGGAACCGGGAGCCUGCCCACGUUGCUGCCAAGUUCAUGUCUAUGUGGGUUGGUUUAUUUGGGCCACCACAAAGAAUUCGGCUUGACCAAGGAGGGGAGUGGGAGACAGACUUUAUCCAGCUGCUGGAAGCGCACGCUAUUCACUCCGAGUUCGUGGGCUCCCACAGUCCCUGGUCCAAUGGCUAUGCAGAGCGGCAUGGAGCUCUUUUGGGCGUGGCAGUCCAGGCCAAUGUCGACGAGAAGCAACUUACCGGACGUGCCCAAAUGAAGCUUGGGCUGAGCUGCGCGUGCCAGGCAAAGAACGGCAUUAUCAGCCGGGGUGGCCACAGCGCGCACUACUUGGUCUUUGGGCGCCAGGCAGCUUACCCGGAGCUACUAGACGAUGAGGUCUGGAGCCGAAAGAGCUUGGGCUUUGCACUGAGCAUAGAGGGUGAAGUUUCUCGUGCCGCCGAGCUCCGGGCAGCUGCAAAGGUGGCUUUGUUGCGAGGAGACGUUUUAGAAAAGAUCCGCCGUGCUUUGCGGCGCGCGCCAGCCGGGGAGAGGCGCCAGUAUGCUCCGGGCGAACUCAUCUAUUUUUGGAGCCCGGCCAAGCCCAAGGACCGACGAUAUCGACGGGAUCUCGGCUCAUGGAGGGGGCCAGCUGUUGUCCUGAUGCCCGAAGGAGCCGAAAGGUAUUUCAUUUCCUGGAGGGGCAGAUGCUUGCUGGUCUCAGCCCCGAACAUAAAAGGGGCGACCGUGGAGGAAUGUAACCGCCACGACCUUAGAGCAGAAGGCCUCGACCUCGAGCUUGCCAAGGGCUUCAUUGAUUGCACCGAUGACUCGGCACCACCAGAUGAACCCAUGGCUCCGUUUUCGGUGGAGGGUGCUGGCCUGACACGGCGGCGGAACCCUCCGGCAGGUUCAAGAAAGAUGACGGAAGCUCGAAAAAUGAUGUCUGGACUCAAGGCCGUGCGAAAAACGUUGAAGGGCCCUCUUGAAAAACGUCGCCGUCGUCUCCUUCUGCCGUCUCGACCAAGACCGCCCGGACCAGUGGAGCCAGAGGCAAGCCAAGCUCCUGAGACACCGAACCAGCCCGUGGGCCCAGAAGGUUUGCAAGAGGCGGGCACAUUGUCAGAGCCCACCGGCGAGGAUGAUGGUUUGUUACCUGAUGUACCACAACCUUGGGAGGAUGCACCUGCCUCCGUGUUGCCCCCCGAGCCGGCCCCCUACGACUACCUGGACGACGUGCCCUUCUCCAUCAGGAAGCGCCUUCGUGACCAGGCUGAGUCUGGAGCUCCAAGUACCAAGAGGGUGAGAACCACCGACUUUGCCAACUACGUGCUCACCGCACUCUCUUCGGAGGAGCUCACCGGCAAGGAGGCAAAGAAGAACGAGUGGCUUCCAAAAGGAGAAGUGCAGCGUCUGGCGGCACUCCUUGACCUGCCGUUGAGCUCCGCCCGCUUACACCGAGCUCCUCGCAAGAAGCUUCAACAUCCUGGUCCUCGCCGCAAGAAGCCGCGGGUGACUGUGAUGUUUGCCGAGGAGGUGUCCUCACCUGUGGAGAGGAGUCAGUCUUCUCUUGAAGGCCUCGGGAACUUCUGGUCGCUUGACGAGGAAACUUGCCAGGCUGCCGAGCGGGACCUGGAGCACCACGUCUUUGUCACGGAGGCCCUGCUCUUGAAGGCGAAGGCAAACGGAAAGGAGCUGGACCCCCGGUUUUUCUCAGAGCAGGAGCACAAGCAGUUCGCGGAAUCAGACGCGAAGGAAUGGAAGGCCUGGGUGGACAACAAGGUCGUCGAGGAGCUUCCUCCCAACCGUGCUCGUCUGAUUCCUCGCUCAAGGAUUUUUGCUGUGCCGGCUCGUGUUGUGCGGACGAACAAGAAGCCACCUGGGGAGCCAGGCCUUGCAGCAAAAUCCAGGAUAGUGCUGCCUGGACACCUAGAUCCAGACAUUGGCUCUGUGAGAACCGAUGCCCCCACCACGCAAAUGUCUGCAGUGAGAUUCGCAAUCACGUUGGGUCUGCGAAUGGGAUGGACAUUUCUGUUAUUCGAUGUGUCCACCGCGUUUCUCAGCGGGAAGGCAGUGGACCGUGAUCUGUAUGUCAGACCGCCCAAGGAUCUCAGAUGCGUGAACGCCUCAGUCCUGUGGAAGAUCCUGAAGUCCGCUUACGGAUUAAGUGAGGCGCCGAGACUCUGGUACAUCCAGGCCAAAGACUUGCUCGGUCGUUGCGGGUUUCAUGAAGUACCUUGGGCCCCCGCCACUUUUGUGAAACGACGCCAUGGCCACGUCGUCGCCGUCUUGUGCCUCCACGUCGACGACGGCUUCUUGGCGGCGAAGAGUGGCAAGGAGACUGCCGAGAUCAAGGGGGACAUCGACAAGCUGUUCUCCAUCAAGGAGUGGCAGACCAUUGAUGCCACUCCCCGGUCCUACCUGGGCAUGAAGAUUUAUGUGAAGGAGGGCGUCUUCUACAACGACAUGACCGACUAUGUCUUGGAGAUCAAGCCUCCCUGUGUCCCGGAGGGCCCCGAGGAGACCAAACUAGACGUCAAAGGCCUAAGAGAGUUCCGCCGCAUCAUUGCCCAGAUUCGCUGGCCAGUGCACUUGGUGAUGCCCGAGUUUCUUUUCUCUGUGAGUGCUCUGGCCCAGCGGGUGAGUUCGGCAACGACGGCAGACCUCCGAGCUGCGGCUACAACCUUGAGUGAAGUUCAACAAGCAGCUCGUCAAGGCCAGGCUUUGUUACGUUUUUCUGCUCUACGUGGGAAGCUCACCUUGGUGAGCUUCUUUGACGCUUCCCUUGGAAAGGCGUCCGAGCUGGCGGCCCAGAGAGGAGAAGUCCACUUUGUGGCGGAGGAAGCCGUUCUCUCCACCCGCGCCCGGGCCAACGUGUUGGAGUUUGGUUCCAACAAGAUUGCUCGAGUUGUUCGUAGCUCUCUGGCGGCCGAGGGGGCAAGCAUGGCUGCCUGCACAGACCGCCUUGUCUACAACCUCAAGCUCCUCGACGCGCUGCUCAACGGAGGGCUUGAGGUAGGGCCCAACUGGCGCGACAAGCUCAGCAUGCAAGGGCACUUGGUGACAGAUGCUCGGAGCCUCUUUGACCAUGUGACGGGCUCCAGCUUGCUUGCCACAGAGCGACAAGUGUCUUUGGACAUUUUAGAGGUUCGUCAGCUAGUUCAGGGAGGCACCUUGAAGCUGCACUGGGUGCCUACCUGGAGACAGUUUGCGGACGGCUUGACGAAGGCCAUGAAGGACGAGCUCUACUUUAAGCUUCGUCGAGAGGGCCAGAUCAACGUGGUCCAGACAGCCGAGGAUGAACGCGAAGAGCAGUACAGGGCAGGGCUUCGAAAGGCCCAGCGAGAACGCCGCAAGGAGAGGCUGAAAGCCGGCGGUCGUUCCCAACACUCCUUUUUUGGGAUGUGA